AUGUACCAGUACGCCGAUACCGUCGAGUUCGACCUCAUGGUCGUGUUCCUCGUCGUGUGCGUCAUGCCCUUGGCGGUGUUCCUGAUGCAGUCCAAGACGAAGGUCGGCCGCGCUAUGUCACUGGCGCUCAUGGUCCUCGCCAUCCUCUACGUCGGCGGCUUCGAGCACUACAGGAUGCACCGGCCGGAGGUGACCGAGGGAGGCUUGAAAGCGGCUGUGUUCCCAGUCGCGUUCCUCGACCUCAUCGAGUCCGAGACGUUCACGCUGACCUACCUCCCGAUCGGCGCCGACCCCGACACGAUCGCGAAGGCAUCCGCGGGGAUCGACCGCCGAAACGCGACGACCGCCGCGCGCGUCGCCGCGAGCGCCCCGCGCCGCGCGGCGCCCGGGAAGCGGUCCGGGCUAAAAAGCGUAGACCCCGCGGGCGAGCCGCUCAUGGUGCACCUGUCGCACAAGGGCGCGGGUGAUCGGAUGUUUCGCGACGCGCUCCGAGUGAUCGAGAAGAACACUUGCGGCGGUGCGAGUAACGAGACCACCGACUUCGCCGAACGAUCCCAAUCCUCGUCCCCCGCGUGCAUGCGUUGGUGCUCCGGAACCGUCGACGACUUUCGCCACGACGUGCACAGCUUCUCCUUCGACAGGUCCACCCCGCGGGACAUGGGCCUCCUCGGCCGCGCCUACCGCGCCGUCUUCGUGGUUCGCGACCCGAGGGAUCUCGUCGCGGAGUCGUACCUGGAGCACCUGGACACGAGCGAGGCGUGGGCUCGUUUACCCCGCGACGACCUCGGCGGCGAAUCGUUCCAGUCGAAGCUGAGGUCGAUGUCAACCGAAGCCGGCGUCGACGUCGAGAUCGAUCGGUUCACGGCGUCCCUCUCCGUCAAGCUCGGCAUUGCGCGCGCGAUCGGGUCGGGGAUUUCGCGCGGAGUCUGCGGGCGUUUGCUCGAGCGGGCGACCCCGACGUGGUAUUUGUCAAGUACGAGGAGCUUCUCGGCGCCAAGACGGACGGUUUGA